AUGAAGCAUACUCUCAAAUUGCCACUCAUCAUCGGGGUUGCUGGUGGAACUUCUUGUGGAAAGUCAACAAUCGUGGAAAGAAUCAUUGAGAAUCUGGAUGCCAAUGCAAAGCAAAGUGGAAGACAAAUUGAAAUCGUUCAUCUGUCUCUACACUCCUUCUACAGAGAGUUGUCAAAUGACGAAAAGAAUCUUGCAAAAGAAGGAAAAUUCAACUUCGACCAUCCAGAUCAAAUCAACUUUGAACUCCUUGUUGAUACGCUUCAGAAAAUGAUUGAUGGAAAAAGUGUGGAAAUUUCAAAAUACGACAUGAUUUCCAGCUCGAUGAUCGGAACAGACAAAGUUGAGCCAGCGAAAGUGAUCAUCAUUGAAGGAAUACUCCUUCUGUACGAUGAGCGUGUUCGUAAACUUCUCUCCACCAAGUUGUUUGUUGAGAAAAACGCCGAAAGUCGGCUUCGUAACAGAAUCGACACAUACAUGCGUGACUAUCACCGUAAUCCUCUCUCCAUCAUCCGACAGUACACGGAGUUCGUGAAGCCAGCUUUCGAAGAAUUCUGCCGGCCAACGAAGAAGUAUGCUGAUGUGAUCAUCCCACGUGGAGCUGACAAUCACGUUGCAACCGAUCUGAUCGCAAAGAAUCUUCAGGAGACAUUCCGCAAGAUCGUAGUCAGCAGUGAUGAGGAUGAGGAAAAAGAAAACGAUUUCGUCAAACAGGGAAGCAUUCGUCGUCCAUUCUCUCGUCCACACUAA